UUCUGGGCAGAAGGGCUGGGGGUGGGGGGAGGCAGAGAGCACGCGGACAAAGGAGGCGGCCGGCAGCCCAGCUGUUUUGAAAAAUGCUUCCUGUUUCUUUAAAGGCGCUCGCGGCUCGGGCGGCCGGGGCUGGGGAGGCGGCGGCGCUGACUGAUCUGGGGAACCGGGCUUCUGUGUAAACUGAGGCUAAACAAACACAGAUGGAGCGCAGCGGGCGUUCUCCAGAAACGCUGGCACGGCGGCAGCGACUUCAGAUGACACUCUGAGCGCUCCGGGAACGGACAGCCCGGCGGCGCAGCUGCCCCGGGGCGAGGGGGAGAAAGGGAGGAGGGAGGGAGGGAGCGAGCGAGCAGGGGGAGAGCUGGCGACUCCGAGGCGCUGAGCGCGGCGGCCGCCGGGGCAGGCGGGCGCGCUUCCCGGGCAGCCCCACGCCCCUGCCUCGCGCGCUACCCGCGCCAUGAAGCACAUCCCGGUUCUCCAGGACGGGCCCUGGAAGACCGUGUGCGUGAAGGAGCUGAACGGCCUCAAGAAGCUCAAGAGGAAAGGCAAGGAGCCGGCGCGGCGCGCGAACGGCUAUAAAACUUUCCGAUUGGACUUGGAAGCGCCCGAGCGCGGCGCCACCGCCACCAACGGGCUGCGGGACAGAACCCAGCGGCUGCAGCCAGUCCCGACCCCGGUGCCAGCCCGGGUGGCGCCGGCCGCUCCCUCAGUUGGGGGCGCGGACACGGCCGGGGAGCGCGGGGGCGCCCGGGCGCCGGAGGUCUUGGACGCGCGGAAACGCGGCUUCGCCCUGGGCGCAGUGGGGCCGGGACUCCCCACGCCGCCUCCGCCGCCGCCGCCGCCGCCUGCGCCCCAGGGCCAGGUACCUGGGGGUCCCGAGACACAGCCUUUCCGGGAGCCGGGCCUGCGUCCCCGCGUCUUGCUGUGCGCACCGCCAGCCCGCCCCACGCCGUCGGCGCCCCCGGCGCCCCCAGAGCCCCCGGUGCGCCCCGCGCCCCCCACGCGCCCUGGGGAAAGUUCUUACUCGUCAAUUUCACACGUAAUUUACAAUAACCACCCGGAUUCCUCCGCGUCGCCUAGGAAACGGCCGGGCGAAGCUACCGCCGCCUCCUCGGAGAUCAAAGCCCUGCAGCAGACCCGGAGGCUCCUGGCGAACGCCAGGGAGCGGACGCGCGUGCACACCAUCAGCGCAGCCUUCGAGGCGCUCAGGAAGCAGGUGCCGUGUUACUCGUAUGGGCAGAAGCUGUCCAAGCUGGCCAUCCUGAGGAUCGCCUGUAACUACAUCCUGUCCCUGGCGCGGCUGGCCGACCUCGACUACAGUGCCGACCACAGCAACCUCAGCUUCUCCGAGUGCGUGCAGCGUUGCACCCGCACGCUGCAGGCCGAGGGCCGCGCCAAGAAGCGCAAGCUCCUGUUUUUGAAGCAGUGACUCCUAGGAGCUUCUGAGGAGGAGGAGAAGAAAGAGCGGCAGAGCUGUUCCACACCUGGGCUGGAUCUGCAUUGCUGAACCUCAGAAUAGGAGAAGACCAGUUUCCCACAAUCUAGGGCACUGCCUUCCAGUGAUUUGAAGCUAUUGAAUAAAAUAAUAGCAACAAUAACAACAAUAAUGGCAACAAAAAAAGCAAUAGCAGCAGCAGCAGCAGCUACUGAAGUUGAUGGUAUAGUUUAAGCCCUGGUGAUAAAUGACCAGUAAGUUCUUGUCCCCCACCAAGUUGCUCACAGGCCUCGGGGCUGUUCCCUGGUGACUCUGGUAAAGAAUCCGCCUACUAAUGCAGAAGACUCGGGUUUGAUCCCUAAAUUGGGAAGAUCACCCGGAGAAGGAAAUGACAACCCACGCCAGUAUUCUCGCCUGGAGAAUCCCCAUGGACACACACACAGAGAAAAGUCAGUCAUGGUGUGCUGAGCUCGGGGCUGUACCAGUCACCUGGGCAGUGAUUGGUGAUCCCAGGCUGUGACAGUAGCUGUCAGUGCCAGCCGGGCUGGGGAGGUGGGCUCUGCAAGUCUAGAGGCUGCUCCUCACCUGUGGGCAGUCUUCAGCCAGAGGAUGCGCCAAGGCUGGUGUGGCUCCAUCAGAUCCGUGUCGUCCCCCUUUUCCUACUGCUUUCUGGGCAGGGGGAACUUUUGGUGGUGAUGGCAGGUUGGAGGGUAGUCGCACUCCCCUUUGGAAGGACAUCUUGGGUGCAGACUUCUGUGUUUUGGUGCUGGGGGCAAGCUGAGGUGGCACAUUGGUUUUGGGGUUAGGGAGUCAGUGGGAGCCAAGAUACUCUGUCUGGUAUCUGAGCCCUGGAGUGUGGGAGACAGCAACUCCACAAUUCCUCUGUCUUCUGUGUCCCCACUGAGCGGCAUGGUCCUAGCUCUGUCUCCCCGUCGCAUAGAUGGUCACCUCCAUUGGGGCUUUGGCUUCUACUUCUCCAAGGCGAGUUGACCCCGGAAGUGAUUGCUAUGGCCCUUUCUGGUAAGACUUGCCAAGCUGAGGUCACUUCAGCCCCUUAACUAUCUAAAUGACUAAAUGUGUUUCGCUCCCUUCCCCUCUGCCCAUCACAGGCAUUUCACACAGAUUUGAAAAUCACUCAGAGAGACUGUUGGGACCCCAGCGCACCACAAGAAUACUGACAAUACCUGACGUUCUUAGAGCCUGGUUCUCAUGCUAGGCGUGGUGCUGGGUGUUUAGUACUUCUGACGGAUCACCCUGUUGACUCCUCCCUCCCCCCAAUCCUUCGAGGUGGAGACUGGUGUUGUCCCCUGUGCGUGAGUGCUGUUGCUUCAGACAUGUCCGACUCUUUGCAACCCUGUGGACUGUA